AUAAAGUCGGCUCGAGCGUGCCGAGCAGAGCGCAGACUCAGUGCGGGUGCUGAACAGCUCAGCGGAGACAUGGAGCGCGCGCUGCUGCUGCUGCUGCUUGUACAGGGUUGGUGUAUUGAACACUCUCAGGGAUUUAAUGUGGGAACGUCAGGAGCCAAAAUUUUCUCAGGCCCAGAAAAGGACGAGUUUGGGUACACAGUGCAACAGUUCAGCAAUGACCAGGGAAAAUGGUUAUUAGUGGGAGCUCCGUGGAGUGACUACAGUCAGAACAGGAAAGGAGACGUGUAUAAAUGUGCAAUUGCAAGACCUGAGACGACUUGUGAUAAACUCAACCUACAGAAUGCUGUCAAGAUACCAGAUGUGAAGAACAUCGACGUGAACAUGAGUCUGGGUCUGACCCCGACACAGACCACCAAAACCGGCGGAUUUAUGACAUGCGGGCCUCUCUGGGCUCAGGGUUGUGCUACUCAGUAUUUCUACCGAGGAGUGUGUGCGGAAGUGAGCCGGCUGUUUGCUCCACAACCAGCGUUCUCUCCUUCACUAAAACCUUGCGGCGGGCCGAUGGACAUCGCGAUCGUUCUGGACGGAUCGAACAGUAUUUAUCCUUGGCCUCCUGUUGUGAGUUUUCUUGAGAAGCUCUUAAAAAACCUUGAUAUCGGACCCCAGCAGUCUCAGGUCAGCGUCAUUCAGUAUGGCGUCACUCCCAAAAUGGAGUUCACCCUGAACGCAUAUAAAACCAGAGACUCGAUCAUUCAGGCGGCUUUGAAAAUUCCUCAGAAAGGUGGAACUGAGACAAACACGUUCCAAGCUAUCGAGUACACCAGGGUAAAUGCUUUUCUGCCUUCAAACGGAGGACGUCCGGAUGCCAGUAAAGUGAUGGUGGUGGUGACUGACGGAGAGUCGUAUGAUAACUUCAAGAGAAACAAAGUCAUUCCAGCAUGUGAGAGAGAUGGCAUCACUCGCUUCGGCAUUGCUGUGCUCGGGUAUUACACAAGGCAAAACAUCGACAGCAAAAAUCUCGUUGAGGAAAUCAAAUCAAUCGCCAGCAGUCCUUCAGAUAAAUAUUAUUUCAACGUGUCAUCUGAAAAGGCUCUCCAGGAGAUCGCUGGAAGUCUGGGAGAUCGGAUCUUCAACAUCGAAGGCACUGGUACAGGUGGCGAAUUUCAGAUGGAAAUGUCGCAGGUUGGGUUCAGCGCACACCAAACCAAGAACAAGGAUGUGAUGAUGCUGGGGGCUGUUGGGGCGUACGGAUGGAGCGGAACUGUGGUGCAUAAAACUGCUCAGAAAUCAGAGAUUUUCCCCAAAGAAGCUUUUGAGCAAAUCCUUGAAGAUAAAAACCACAGUUCACUGCUGGGCUACUCGGUGACCACUCUGUAUAGCGGUUCCACUGAGUACUUUGUGGCCGGUGCUCCUCGCUCCAACCACACGGGUCAGGUCGUGGUGUACACACUGAACACGCAGCAACAACCCGACAUCCGACACUCACAGAGAGGAGAUCAGAUCGGCUCGUACUUUGGAAGCGUGCUCUGUCCCCUGGAUGUGAAUCAUGACGGUGUUACUGAUCUUCUGCUGGUUGGAGCGCCAAUGUACAUGAGUGAGGAGAAGAAGGAGAUGGGCAAAGUGUACAUCUUCACCAUUACUGACGGGUUCUUGAGUAACCAGGGGUUUCUGGAAGGUUCCUCUCCACUGGAGAACGCUCGAUUCGGAAUGGCCAUCGCCGCUGUUCCUGACCUCAACCUGGACGGCUUUACCGAUGUGGUGGUCGGAGCCCCGCUGGAGGAGAACGGCCAUGGAGCCAUUUAUAUUUACAACGGAGAUGCGCAGAGUAUCAGGAGCCAGAGCUCACAGAAAAUUCUUGCCAUGAAACUGGACCCGGAAUUGAGGUACUUCGGACGUUCUUUAGACGCUGCUGGAGAUCUGAAUGGAGACUCGGUCCCAGACGUCUCUGUGGGGAGUUAUGGGAAAGUGCUUCAGCUCUGGUCCAGGGGCGUGGCGGUGGUGACGGCUCGGGUCACGUUCACCCCGGACCAGAUCAGCAUCCUGAGUAAGUUGUGUUACUUCGGUGGACAGAUGGUGUCCUGUUUUAAAGCCAAAGUCUGCUUCAGGGCGGAGUUCAAACCGUCAAACUCUGUCGGACCUGCAGAGAUUAAGUACAACAUGACGCUGGACGCUGACCUGCAGUCGUCUCGAGUCAGCUCCAGAGGUCAGUUCAGGAACUCAGAGCGUGUGGUCCAGCAGGACAUCAGCGUCUCCACGGCCGAGACGUGUGAGGAACAUCAGGUGUACGUUCAGGACACUCCUGACCUCGUCGACUCCAUCGCCGUCCGAGUCGACAUCAGACUCCAGCAGCCGGACUCUUCCAGCCCUGUCCUGAACGCCUUCAGUCCCACCAUGUGGGAGUUUUCUAUCCCAUUUUCUAAAGACUGCGGUGAUGAUGAAUUGUGCUACAGCGACUUGGUGUUGAGUGUCAAGAGAGAGACAUCGACUGGCUCCUCAUUGCUGGUGAGUCAGAACAACCGAAGACUGUCGCUGUCUGUGACGGUGAUGAACAGGAAAGAAAAUGCGUACAACACCAGAGUGAUCACAAAAUACUCCAGCAACUUGUUUUACUCCUCCGUUACGCAGCCUACCAAUGGUGUCGAGGUCAAAUGCACCUCCAGUAAAGACACGGAAACCGUCACAUGUCAAGUGGGAUACCCAGUGCUCAGGACUGACCAGUCGGUAACAUUCGAGAUCAGUUUUGAUUUUAAUUUGGCACAAUUACAAAAGGAAGUCAAAGUGUUUUUUGAAGCCGAGAGUGACAGUAAAGAGGAAACUCCAGCGGAUAACAGCAAGACGAUGACGAUCCCCGUCCAGUACGCGACCGACAUCAUCUUCAGCAGAGAAGCCAACAUAAAUGUUUACUUGCUUGACGAAAAGGAUAAAAUCACAAACCCGAUAAAGACGUACAGUGACAUCGGCCCAGAGUUCAAGUUCAACCUCAAGGUGUCCGGAACAGUUUUUCCAGUCAGUCUGAUUUACCUCAAUGUGUUGCUGCCCAUCAGCACUAAAUCGGGGAACCAGCUGCUGUAUAUAACCUCAGUCGAGGGCACACCGCGGAGCGAUGUUCAGUGCAACACCCCUGCACUGAUCGACCCGUUUAACAUCCGAGAGACAGAAUACACAGCCACAUUCACCAAGGAGAGCUUCAGAGGAACCAGUCGUCUGAACUGCGACUCUGCUGUGUGUAAGCAGCUGGAUUGUGUGCUGAAAGACCUGAGCGUGAAAAAGGAUUACAUCAUCAACGUGACCGCGAGGAUUUGGAACGGAACGUUCGCUGAGGCUGAUUUCCAGUCAGUUGUAUUAGAUGUGAAAGCUCAGAUCGAGACGCCGCAACCUGAUCUACUCGUUAUCACCCACAAACAAGUGACGGUUGACGUCACCGUCAGUAAACCAGGCGCGAAAGGUGAUGUACCUGUGGGCGUGAUCGUGGGCAGUGUGAUCGGAGGAUUACUCCUGCUGGCUGCGGUUGUCGCCGUGCUGUGGAAGCUCGGUUUCUUUAAGCGUAAAUACCAGCAGCUGGACAAAGGCGCUGACGGCGCUGAGACAGAGGGAUUACAGGACAGCGGAGGACAAGCGUGAGACCGACACCGAUCCCUCAUCCCUUUAAAGACUGUCUGAUCUCCGAUCAGCUCGAGUCAUUGAUGUAACCCUCAGAGACACGGCGAUCAGAUGGGCAGCAGCGAGGAGCAGAACCUCAACCACACGCCAGUGGCAGGAAACGUCUGCGAUCAGGUUCGAACAGAAAACCGCAAAGUGCAACAAUCUGACUGUUUACUUUCAACACUGGAGAAUGUUUCGUUUUUCACUCCAAGUCUCUGGACCAGCGUAAGCGACAAGAAACUGACUUCCUUUCCGUUUUUCACUUUUAUUUGGAAAUCAUGUAAAUAUUAUUGAUAGAGAAAUAUUGUGGAAAAUGAAAACAGCACGCAGACCGCACCAAACUUCUCCCUGGGAAAAAGGUUUUAUUUACAAGCACAGAACAGCAUUAUUACGGAAUACAAGAAUUUUUCCUUUUCAGAUAUUUUAAUUUUUAAAAAAUUCUAAACAUUUUGGAUUAUCAUAUUGUGAUGCGUAUCAUUUUCACGAGAAACAUUUCACAAUAUUCGAUAAUGCAGCAUUUCAGUUUUAUUGUUUAUACAGUUCAGUAUUGAUCGUGACGACAAAACAUUUGAUAAAAUUUGUUAUCGUUUAUUCUGAGGUCGUAUCACCAGCACUUCAACUGAGCUACGACUGAAUCCUUAAGUGUAAAUGCUUUUUAGUGAACCGCUAGCUCAGGUGUAGGGGAGGAGGGAAAGGGGAAAAAAAAAAAGCAUCGCUUUAAAUGUACAACACGUCGAAGAUUAACGUUUUCAUCCUCAUCAAUCAAGACUUCAAGUGCAAUCACCAAACAAGAGUAACAUUGAGCCACACCUACAAAACUCCAUAAAAGGUCUGGUUUCUUUUAUUUUCCUUUUUUUUUGGGG